AUGGUUGCUCCUAUAAGCACUAACGACGCAUUUCUAAAUGCGGAAAUGGAUUUUGGUUUGAAUAUGCUCCGACAAUCGCCUACAACUGAGCAACUGGUCGUCUCACCGAUUUCUAUCAUAUUCGCUCUCGCUAUGGUACAGGCUGGUGCAAGAGGGAAGACGAAGACGCAAAUCAACCAAGUUAUUUCAAAUGGUGCAACGGAUGAAGAGAUCAUCAACUACUACUCUAGCCUUUCUAAAGACAUUCCCAUUUCCAACGAAGAAGUGGAGACAAGGAUGGCGAACGCGCUUUUUCUCAACAAGGAGUUCUCUAUCGAGAAGCAGUACGCUGAUGCCAUCAGUGGAAAUUACUCAGCAAAAGUAGAAGCCCUAGACUUUCGGAACGCAAAACAAACGGCCCAGAAAAUUGACAAAUUUGUGAGCGACGCGACGAUGGACAGAAUAAAAGAUAUUGUCACGGAGAGUACCGUAGAAGGCGCCGACUCUCUCAUAAUUAACGCCAUUUAUUUUCACGGAAAAUGGCAGCACGCGUUCGACAAGCGCUAUUCCAGAAAUGACACUUUUCACAGCUCCACAGUCAAGCAGAAGGAAAUAGAAUAUAUGAAUGGUAACAGAGUGGUUCAGUACUACGCAGAGGAUGAAGAUAUGCAAGUCUUGUCAUUACCUUAUUUCGACACAUCCUAUGCUUUCAAUAUUCUUCUUCCCAAGAAAAGAUUUGGCCUUGAGGAGCUCAGAAAGAAACUGGACGGCAAUACCGUAAAAAAGGCGUUCUCACAGCUUAAGUCGACGAAUUUACUGCAGAUCUCUAUCCCAAAAAUGAAGAUUGAGACCGAUUACAAACUAAAAGAAGCGCUGAUGGCGAUAGGGGUUACCGAAAUGUUUUCUAACGGUGCUGAUUUGACAGGAAUCACAAGGUCACCUCCAUUGAAGGUUUCUAGUGCUGCACACAAAGCUCUAAUUGAGGUUGACGAGAAAGGAACUACAGCAGCUGCAAGCACAUUCGUCAGAUUCGUCCGAAAGCGCCAAAGAAUAUUUCGGAAAAAAUUCAAAGCAGAUCACCCUUUCAUUUUCAUGUUAACUAAAAAUCAUAAUCCUCUAUUCAUCGGACAGUUUGUUUGA